CGCUAUUCUUCUUGAAUUUGGGAAGCUAGAUCACAAGUAUUGUGAUGCUUUCUCUUUUUACCACAAUCUUCAAAUUUAGGUCAUGUUUGAUUUAAAUACUUGUAUCCGUAAGAACAUUUUAGACUUACAGCCCUACCGCUGUGCGAGAGAUGACUUUUCAGAAGGCAUUCUUUUGGAUGCCAAUGAAUGCUCUUUCGGUUCAGUUUUCCAUGAUGCUGGAGUCGAGUACAAUCGAUAUCCAGACCCUAGACAAAAUGAAAUUAAACAAAGGUUUUGUGAUUUAAGAAAUAAGGAGCAUCCUAAUGCUAAACCUUUGAAGCCGGAGAAUAUGGUUGUUGGUGUUGGUAGUGAUGAAAUCAUUGAUUCCUUAAUUCGCAUUUCUUGCGUGCCUGGUAAAGACAAAAUUUUGGCUUGUCCCCCUUCAUACGGAAUGUAUCCUGUUUCUGCUAAAAUUAAUGACGUUCAGGUUGUUAAUGUUUUGCUCAAACCGGAUUUUGAUUUGGAUAUUGACGCUGUAUACGAUACCCUUUCUAAGGAUAACUCAAUCAAGGUAGUUUUUGCUUGCUCUCCCGGUAACCCUACCGCUAAAACUCUUAACCUUAACAGCAUUAAAAAAUUAUUGGCUCACCCUACUUGGAAUGGUAUCGUUGUUAUGGACGAAGCCUAUAUUGAUUUUGCUUCUCCAGAAAAGACAGCAGUUUCUCUUGUUAAUGAUUAUCCCAACUUGGCUGUCUGUCAAACUCUUUCUAAGUCUUUUGGUCUUGCUGGUAUUCGUAUUGGAUUUUGUCUAACUAAUCCUCAAAUUGCGACCAUCAUGAACUCAUUAAAAGCUCCAUAUAAUAUCAGUGAACCUAGCUCUCGUUUGGCCAUCAAAGCUUUGUCACCCGAAUCUGUUUCAAAAAUGUAUGAACAUCGUGAUAGAGCUCUUGCUCAACGUGAAAGACUUUGCAAAGAACUUACUACUAUACCCGGUGUAGGAAAGAUUAUUGGUGGUUUUGAUGCAAAUUUCAUACUUGUUCAAGUAUUGUCAAAACCCAUGAAUGGUGUGCCUAGUAAUGAGGUUGCAAAGUUUGUUUAUUUGAAAAUGGCUACUGAUUACAAGAUCGUUGUCCGCUUUCGUGGUACUGAGCCCAUGUGUGAGGGUUCGUUGCGUAUGACUGUUGGCACAGAAAGUGAAGUCUCAGCUUUACUUAAAACCUUCAGACAUACUUUAGAGGAAUAUUAUGCAAAAAACUAAGAAUUUCUUGAAUUCCAGACUUUUCUCCUAUAAUUAGUUUGACCAUGAAUUCUCAAAGGUUGUACAUUGUAGUGCUUUUAUUAUGUUAAUUAGGGAAAUUUUUUAUUGUUUAAAUUCACUUUUUGAAAGGAAAAUAGAAUUACUUUUCAUUAUGUUUA